AUGGACAAAAAUGGUUUGGAGCAACAGCAUUCGACACUGGCAAUGAUCAACAUGCUGAAUAUGGCGCAGCUAAUAUCGAUGGCCUCAGUUGGACCAACCGCUGCCGCACUUCCGAACAAUAUCCCAGCUGCUGCUGCUGCUGCUUCGCAAGCUCAGGCAGCAUUAGCAAACUUGGCAGCUGGCUUCUCACCAAUGCUCACUCCAUUCGGAGCAAUUGGACAAGUACCGCUUUCUAGCGACUCGACAACGGCAUCAACCGCAACUGUCAGUGAGCCUACAGCAAGUACCCCAGAUGACGAACGAACACCACGUACCGGCGUAGCCUUUCGGAAAAUGCUGGAGUCUUAUGGUUAG